UGGCCGAGCGCGGGCGGAGGACGGAGAAGGGGGCGGCGCGGGCCGGAACCUCGAGCUUGCUUUCAGUUGCUUUUUAAAGACGGAAGGCUCAUGGUGCAAAUUGUUAUUUCCAGUGCUGGGGCUGGAGGCCUGGCAGAAUGGGUGCUGAUGGAGCUACAGGGGGAGAUCGAGGCUCGCUACAGCACUGGAUUAGCUGGAAACCUCCUGGGAGACCUACAUUACACCACUGAGGGAAUCCCUGUGCUGAUCGUGGGACAUCAUAUCCUGUAUGGAAAAAUCAUCCAUCUGGAGAAACCUUUUGCUGUCCUUGUCAAACACACUCCUGGGGAGCAGGACUGUGAUGAGCUUGGCUGCAAGACUGGCACUCAGUACCUGGUGACAGCACUCAUCAAAAACAAGAUCCUUUUCAAAACUCGCCCCAAGCCCAUUAUCACCAACGUCCCCAAGAAAGUAUGAAAGAACCCCGGAUUUUCCCUAGAGAGCGGCCAACUCCUUGGACUCGUGCUCAGUUGCCACCUCGAGGACGGCUCGACGGUUCCCUGGGACCACAGGGGGGUCCUGUUUUGAACACAGGCCACCCACUGGGCAUGAAUUCUGAUCCCUUUCUUAUGGCAACUGGUUCUCUUGGUGGAAAUCUGGCCCCAUUUCCAAGGAACCCAUCGCCUUUUCCAUCUUCAUCAGGCUCAUUGGCUUCAAAUCCAGCACCUUUCCCUGCUGGUGCUCGUGACCCAGGCAUGGCUUCUUUUCCGAGAGGGAUGAAUCCCACUGGCGCUGGUGCAGUUUCUUUCCCAAGGCCUGGUGGCCUCUUGGGCCCAGGCCCAGGCCCAUCUCUGAACCCUAGGGCAGGGGCUCUUCCAGGCCCAGGGCCUCUGACUAACCCCAGGUUAGGGGGUCUCCCAGGGCCAGGUCCUAUGUCGAACCCAAGGGCAGGUGGUCUCCUAGGAACAGGUCCUGACCCCAGAAGUGGUGGCCCUAUGGGCCCUGGUUCUGGGCCCAACAUGAGAACAGGUGUCCUCUUGACUUCUGGUAACGGUCCUCCUAAUCCUAGGCCGGUUGGCUUGGGACCAGGACCAAGUUCUAACCUGAGAUCAGGCUUCGUUGGUACAAACCCUGCUCCGAGGUCGGGUAUGUUUCCAGGCCCAGGCCCGGGUCUUGGGCCCAACCCCAGGGCAGGUGGCCUGGGCCCAGGCCUUGGGCCCAACCCCAGGGCAGGUGGCCUGGGCCCAGGUCCUAAUGUGGAUACCAGAGCGGGUGGCCUUCUGGGCACAGGAUCUGGUCUUAACUUAAGAAUGGCAGGACCUCAAGGCCUAGAUCUUGCCCCUAUUUUAAGAGCAGCAGGUCUUUUAGGAGCAAAUUCAGCUGCUUUCUCACAGGCUUCUGGAAACAUGGGCACAAGCCCAUCCUCUAUGGCAAGAGUACCUGGCCCCAUAGGCCCAAACUCGGGUCCUGGCUCUCGGGGAAUUGGCCUUCCAGGGCCAAAUCCAUCUCCCAUGUCCAGGGCUCCCGGCCCCAUAGGUCCCAAUUCAGCUCAUUUUUCAAGGCCAGCUGGGCCCAUGGGGGUAAAUGCUAAUCCCUUUCCACGGGGGACAGGUUCAGGAGGGCUCAAUCCUGCUGCCUUCUCUCAGUCUUCUGGCACAUUGGCUUCAAAUCCAGCUACCUUCCAGAGGUCUGCUGGCCUCCAGGGCUCAAGUCCAGCAAUUUUCCCAAGAACUUCUGGGCCACUAGGCCCCAACCCAGCUAACUUCCCAAGGGCCAGUGGCUUGCAGGGUCCAAGCCCUGCUGCCUUCCCAAGGUCUACUGGCCCAUUAGGCCCUGGUCAGGUUACUUUCCCUAGGUCAGCUCCUGGGCCCCUGGGCUCUUCUCCAGCAGGCCCUGUGGGUAUCAACCCAGCUCCUUUUGCAAGGCCAAGUGGGACCCUGGGUCUAAACCCAGCUUCCUUUCCAAGGAUGAAUGGCCCUGUAAGCAAGACUUUGGUCCCAUUUCCUAGAGUGGGGAGCCUCCCUGGCACAAACCCAGCUGCUUUCCCCAGACCAGGGGGCCCAAUGGCUACAAUGUACCCAAAUGGAAUGUUACCCCCUUAA